AUGGGUAAGAAAGGGUUUAUGCCUGCGAAGAAGAAAAAGACGAAGAAGAAGACAAAGAAGAAGAAGACGAAGAAGAAGAUGACGACGAAGAAGAUGAAGAAGAAGAAGAAGAAGAAGAAGUUUUCGAGAAUCAGUGGACCAGAUUCAUGGCAAACGUCAGCUGCUAUAGUCAUCCUCUUGUUCAUUAUGAUGAAGGAAAAAGCAGAAGCAAAUCAAGCAACAAUACCUACAACAACGAAAACACAACCAACAACACCUACAACACCAGCUCAAACAACACCUACAACACCAGCUCCAACAACACCUACAACACCAGCUCCAACAACACCUUCAACACCAGCUCAAACAACACCUACAACACCAGCUCCAACAACACCUUCAACACCAGCUCCAACAACACCUACAACACAAGCUCCAACAAAAACAACAACACCAGCUCCAACAACACAUACAACACCAGCUCCUACAACACCUACAACACCAGCUCAAACAACAACUACAACACGAGCUCCAACAACACCUACAACACCAGCUCUAACAACACCUACAAAACCAGCUUCUAUAACACCUACAACACCAACUCCUACAACACCGACAACACUAGCUCCAACAACACCUACAACACCAGCUCCUACAACACCGACACCACCAGCUCAAACAACACCUACAACACCAGCUCCAACAACACCUACAACACCAACUCCUACACCAUCGACAACACCAGCCCCUACAACACCUACAACACCAGCUCCUACAACACCAACAACACCAGCUCAAACAACACCUACAACACCAGCUCCUACAACACCUACAACACAAGCUCCAACAACACCGACAACACCAGCUCCUACAACACCUACAACACCAGCUCCAACAACACCUACAACACCAGCUCCUACAACACCGACAACACCAGCUCCUACAACACCUACAACACAAGCUCCAACAACACCUACAACACCAGCUCCUACAACACCUACAACACCAGCUCCAACAACACCUACAACACCAACUCCAACAACACCUUCAACACCAACCCCAACAACAACUACAACACCAGCUCCAACAACACCUACAACACCAGCUCCUACAACACCUACAACACCAGCUCCAACAACACCUACAACACCAGCUCCAACAACACCUACAACACCAGCUCAUACAACACCUACAACACCAGCUCCAACAACACCAGCUCCAACAACACCAGCUCCUACAACACCUACAACAUCAGCUCCAACAACACCUACAACACCAGUUCCAACAACACCAACUCCAACAACACCUACAACACCAGCUCCAUCAACAUCUACAACACCAGAUCCAACAACACCUACAACACCAGCUUCUAAAACACCUACAACACCAGCUCCUACAACACCAGCUCCUACAACACCUACAACAUCAGCUCCAACAACACCUACAACACCAGCUCCAACAACACCUACAACACCAGCUCCAACAACACCUACACCACCAGCUCCAACAACACCUACAACACCAGCUCCUACAACACCAGCUCCUACAACAUCUACAACACCAGCUCCUACAACAUCUACAACACCAGCUCCAACAACACCUACAACACGAUCUCCAACAACACCUACAACACCAGCUCCAACAACACCUUCAACACCAGCUCCAACAACAACUACAACACCAGCUCCUACAACACAUUCAACACCAGCUCCUACAACACCUACAACACCAGCUCCAACAACGCCUACAACACUAGCUCCAACAACACCUACAACACCAGCUUUAACAACACCUACAACACCAGCUCCAACAACACCAGCUCCUACAACACCUAAAACAUCAGCUCCAACAACACCUACAACACCAACUCCAACAACACCAACUCCAACAACACCUACAACACCAGCUCCAUCAACACCUACAACACCAGAUCCAACAACACCUACAACACCAGCUUCUACAACACCUACAACACCAGCUCCAACAACACCAGCUCUUACAACACCUACAACAUCAGCUCCAACAACACCUACAACACCAGCUCCAACAACACCUACAACACCAGCUCCGAGAACACCUACAACACCAGCUCCAACAACACCUCCAACACCAGCUCCUACAACACCUUCAACACCAGCUCCAACAACACCUACAACACCAGCUCCUACAACACCUUCAACACCAGCUCCAACAACACCUACAACACCAGCUCCUAAAACACCUACAACACCAGCUCCUACAACACCGACAACACCAGCUCCUACAACACCUUCAACACCAGCUCCAACAACACCUACAACACCAGCUCCUAAAACACCUACAACACCAGCUCCUACAACACCUACAACACCAGCUCCUACAACACCAGCUCCAACAACACCUACAACACCAGCUCCUACAACACCUACAACACAAGCUCCAACAACACCUACAACACCAGCUCCUACAACACCUACAACACCAGCUCCUACAACACCUACAACACCAGCUCCAACAACACCUACAACACCAGCUCCUACAACACCAGCUCCAACAACACCUACAACACCAGCUCCUACAACACCUACAACACCAGCUCCUACAACACCUACAACACCAGCUCCUACAACAACAGCUCCAACAACACCUACAACACCAGCUCCAACAACACCUACAACACCAGCUCCAACAACACCUACAACACCAGCUCCUACAACACCUACAACACCAGCUCCUACAACAACAGCUCCAACAACACCUACAACACCAGCUCCUACAACACCUACAACACCUACAACACCAGCUCCUACAACACCUACAUCACCAGCUCCAACAACACCUACAACACCAGCUCCAACAACACCUACAACACCAGCUCCUACAACACCUACAACACCAGCCCCUACAACACCUACAACACCAGCUCCAACAACACCUACAACACCAGCUCCAACAACACCUACAACACCAGCUCCUACAACACCUACAACACCAGCUCCUACAACAACAGCUCCAACAACACCUACAACACCAGCUCCUACAACACCUACAACACCUACAACACCAGCUCCUACAACACCUACAUCACCAGCUCCUACAACACCUACAACACCAGCUCCUACAACACCUACAACACCAGCUCCAACAACAUCUACAACACCAGCUCAAACAACACCUAUAACACCAGCUCCAACAACACCUUCAACACCAGCUCCAACAACACCUACAACACCAGCUCCUACAACACAUACAACACCAGCUCUUACAACACCUACAACACCAGCUCCAACAAAAACUACAACACCAGCUCCAACGACACCUUCAACACCAGCUCCUACAACACCUACAACACCAGCUCCUACAACACCUACAACACCAGCUCCAACAACACCUACACGACGAGCUCCAACAACACCUUCAACAUUAGCUCCAACAACACCUUCAACAUUAGCUCCAACAACACAUACACCACCACCUCCAACAACACCUUCAACAUUAGCUCCAACAACACCUUCAAUAUUAGCUCCAACAACACCUUCAACAUUAGCUCCAACAACACAUACACCACCACCUCCAACAACACCUUCAUCAUUAGCUCCAACAUCACCUUCAAUAUUAGCUCCAACAACACCUUCAACAUUAGCUCCAACAACACAUACACCACCACCUCCAACAACACCUUCAACAUUAGCUCCAACAACACCUUCAAUAUUAGCUCCAACAACACCUUCAACAUUAGCUCCAACAACACAUACACCACCACCUCCAACAACACCUUCAACAUUAGCUCCAACAACACCUUCAACACCAGCUCCAACAACACCUUCAACAUUAGCUCCUACAACACCUUCAACACCAGCUCCAACAACACCUACAACACCAGCUCAAACAACACCUACAACACCAGCUCCUACAACACCUACAACACCAGCUCCAACAACACCUACAACACCAGCUCCAACAACACCUACAACACAAGCUCCUACAACACCUACAACACCAGCUCCAACAACUCCUACAACACCAGCUCCAACAACACUUUCAACAUCAGUUAUCACCGGAAAGAUUGAACAGUCUACAACACAAACGUGUAAAGAGACACGCACCCACUUCUACAGCGGGGACAGUUGUGAAAUUGAGAGCGAGAAACUAGCUCUCCCAUCCAAAUACAUAGCAGCAAUAGCUGGUUCAUGUGGGACAGUGGUCAUCAUAGUUGCCAUUGUGGUUAUUGUUUGCAGAGGAAGAAAAACUAAGAAAAAAGGAUUGCACAACCCCCACACAAUCGGAAUGACCGACUUUCAAACACGUCCUUCUAAGAAGAAAGCCUACUCCUACUCUAACGACAGAGCGUUAUCUUCAAACCCUUACCACUUUGCUACAAACUAUGGCUACGAGAGUGAUUUUCCCGAGACUCGGGUAGUUGAGGGAAGAGAGCAUACGGUUACUAAGGAUGAGAAAGGAGAAGAGCUCUACAUCUACCAGCCAAGCGGUGUAUCAAAAGAACAUCAGAGGUCACACUCUUGGAACUCUUUCGGAUAUUCCGGUGACCGUCAAAGGGGCAAUCAUGGGUCACCCUACGAUUACAUUGAUACUAGCAGGAAGAAUGGCCCACAGGAAUACCAUACAGAGUCAACCACUGCCGCUGUCAACGACUCCAAUACGUCUACACCUACAUAUAUGACAGAUAACAGUACAACAGCUGAUAUGCCAGAUAACAGUACAACAACUGAUGUGCCAGAUAACAGUACAUCAACUGAUAUACCUGAUAACAGUACAUCAACUGAUAUGCCAGAUAACAGUACAACAACUGAUAUACCAGAUAACAGUACAUCAACUGAUAUGCCAGAUAACACUACAGCAACUGAUGUGCCAGAUAACAGUACAUCAACUGAUAUACCAGAUAACAGUACAACAACUGAUAUACCAGAUAACAGUACAUCAACUGAUAUGCCAGAUAACACUACAGCAACUGAUAUGCCAGAUAACAGUACAACAACUGAUAUACCAAAUUACAGUACAUCAACUGAUAUACCAGAUUACAGUACAUCAACUGAUGUGCCAGAUAACAGUACAACAACUGAUAUGCCAGAUAACACUACAGCAACUGAUGUGCCAGAUAACAGUACAACAACUGAUAUACCAGAUUACAGUACAUCAACUGAUAUACCAGAUUACAGUACAUCAACUGAUGUGCCGGAUAACAGUACAACAACUGAUAUGCCAGAUUACAGUACAUCAACUGAUAUGCCAGAUAACAGUACAUCAACUGAUAUGCCAGAUAACACUACAGCAACUGAUGUGCCAGAUUACAGUACAUCAACUGAUAUACCAGAUUACAGUACAUCAACUGAUGUGCCGGAUAACAGUACAACAGCUGAUAUGCCAGAUAACAGUACAACAACUGAUAUGCCAGAUAACAGUACAACAACUGAUAUGCCAGAUAACACUACAGCAACUGAUAUGCCAGAUAACACUACAACAACUGAUAUGCCAGAUAACACUACAACAACUGAUAUGCCAGAUAACACUACAACAACUGAUGUACCAGAUAACACUACAGCAACUGAUAUGCCAGAUAACACUACAACAACUGAUAUGCCAGAUAAUACUACAACAACUGUUAUGCCAGAUAACUCAACAAUAACAGAUAUGCCAGAUAACUCUACAACAACUGAUGUACCAGAUAACACUACAGCAACUGAUAUGCCAGAUAACACUACAACAACUGAUAUGUCAUAUAAAAGUACAACAACUGAAACGCAUGAUAACAGUUCAGCAACUGAUAUGCCAGAUAACACUACAGCAACUGAUACGCCAGAUUACACUACAGCAACUGAUCCGCCAUAUAAAACUACAAUAACAGAUAUGCCAGAUAACAGUACAAUGACUGACACGCCAGAUAACACUACAACAACUGAUAUACCAGAUAACAGUACAACAACAUAUAAUCCAGAUAACACUACAGCAACUGAUACGCCAGAUAACACUACAAUAACUAAUAUGCCAGAUAUCAGUUCAAUGACUGACACGCCAGAUAACACUACAACAACUGAUAUGCCAGAUAACACUACAACAACUGAUGUACCAGAUAACACUACAUCAACUGAUAUGCCAGAUAACUCAACAAUAACAGAUAUGCCAGAUAACUCUACAACAACUGUAAUGCCAGAUAACACUACAACAAUUGAUAUGUCAGAUAACAGUACAGCAACUGAUAUGCCAGAUAACACUACAACAACUAAUAUGCCAGAUAACAGUACAACAACUGAAAUGCCAGAUAUGCCAGAUAACAGUACAACAACUGAUAUGCCAGAUAACACUACAACAACUGAUAUGCCAGAUAACACUACAACAACUGAUAUGCCAGAUAACACUACAACAACUGAUGUACCAGAUAACACUACAGCAACUGAUAUGCCAGAUAACACUACAACAACUGAUAUGCCAGAUAACACUACAACAACUGAUAUGCCAGAUAACACUACAACAACUAAUAUGCCAGAUAACAGUACAACAACUGAAAUGCCAGAUAUGCCAGAUAACAGUACAACAAAUGAUAUGCCAGAUAACACUACAACAACUGAUAUGCCAGAUAACAGUCCAUCAACUGAUAUGCCAGAUAACACUACAACAACUGAUAUGCCAGAUAAUACUACAACAACUGAUAUGCCAGAUAACACUACAACAACUGAUAUGCCAGAUAACAGUACAACAACUGAUAUGCCAGAUAACAGUACAUCAACUGAUGUACCAGAUAACACUACAGCAACUGAUAUGCCAGAUAACACUACAACAACUGAUAUGCCAGAUAACAGUACAACAACUGAUAUGCCAGAUAACACUACAACAACUGAUGUACCAGAUAACACUACAACAACUGAUAUGCCAGAUAAUACUACAACAACUGAUAUGCCAGAUAAUACUACAACAACUGAUAUGCCAGAUAACAGUACAACAACUGAAAUGCCAGAUAACAGUACAUCAACUGAUAUGCCAUAUAACAGUACAACAACUGAUAUGCCAGAUAACACUACAACAACUGAUGUACCAGAUAACACUACAGCAACUGAUAUGCCAGAUAACACUACAACAACUGAUAUGCCAGAUAACACUACAACAACUAAUAUGCCAGAUAACAGUACAACAACUGAAAUGCCAGAUAUGCCAGAUAACAGUACAACAACUGAUAUGCCAGAUAACAGUACAUCAACUGAUAUGCCAGAUAACACUACAACAACUGAUAUGCCAGAUAACAGUACAACAACUGAUAUGCCAGAUAACAGUACAACAACUGAAAUGCCAGAUAUGCCAGAUGACAGUACAACAACUGAUAUGCCAGAUAACACUACAACAACUGAUAUGCCAGAUAAUACUACAACAACUGAUAUGCCAGAAAAUACUACAACAACUGAUAUGCCAGAUAAUAGUACAACAACUAAAAUGCCUGAUAGCACUACAGUAACUGGUAUUCCAGAUAACUCUUCAUCAACUGAAAUGCCUGAAAACAUGCUUUUAUUUAUGAUGUCGUCAUUGCCAGCACCAACAUUGACUGCAAACACCACGACAACACCCACAUUGACAGCAAACACUAAGACAACACCUAAACUGACAACAAACACCACGACAGCACCCACACAGACAGCAAACACCACGACAACACCCAAACCGACAGCAAACACCACGACAACACCCAAACCGACAGCAAACACCACGACAACACCCAAUCCGACAGCAAACACCACGACAACACCCAAACCGACAGCAAACACCACGACAACACCCAAACCGACAGCAAACACCACGACAACACCCAAACCGACAGCAAACACCACGACAACACCCAAACCGACAGCAAACACCACGACAACACCCAAACCGACAGCAAACACCACGACAACACCCAAACCGACAGCAAACACCACGACAACACCCAAACCGACAGCAAACACCACGACAACACCCAAACCGACAGCAAACACCACGACAACACCAAAUCUGACAGCAAACACCACGACAACACCCAAACCGACAGCAAACACCACGACAACACCCAAACCGACAGCAAACACCACGACAACACCCAAACCGACAGCAAACACCACGACAACACCCAAACCGACAGCAAACACCACGACAACACCCAAACCGACAGCAAACACCACGACAACACCCAAACCGACAGCAAACACCACGACAACACCCAAACCGACAGCAAACACCACGACAACACCAAAUCUGACAGCAAACACCACGACAACACCCAAACCGACAGCAAACACCACGACAACACCCAAACCGACAGCAAACACCACGACAACACCAAAUCUGACAGCAAACACCACGACAACACCCAAACCGACAGCAAACACCACGACAACACCAAAUCUGACAGCAAACACCACGACAACACCCAAACCGACAGCAAACACCACGACAACACCCACACAGACAGCAAACACCACGACAACACCCAAACCGACAGCAAACACCACGACAACACCCAAACCGACAGCAAACACCACGACAACACCCAAACCGACAGCAAACACCACGACAACACCCAAACCGACAGCAAACACCACGACAACACCCAAACCGACAGCAAACACCACGACAACACCCAAACCGACAGCAAACACCACGACAACACCCAAACCGACAGCAAACACCACGACAACACCCAAACCGACAGCAAACACCACGACAACACCCAAACCGACAGCAAACACCACGACAACACCCAAACCGACAGCAAACACCACGACAACACCCAAACCGACAGCAAACACCACGACAACACCCAAACCGACAGCAAACACCACGACAACACCCAAACCGACAGAAAACACCACGACAACACCCAAACCGACAGCAAACACCACGACAACACCCAAACCGACAGCAAACACCACGACAACACCCAAACCGACAGCAAACACCACGACAACACCCAAACCGACAGCAAACACCACGACAACACCCAAACCGACAGCAAACACCACGACAACACCCAAACCGACAGCAAACACCACGACAACACCCAAACCGACAGCAAACACCACGACAACACCCAAUCCGACAGCAAACACCACGACAACACCCAAACCGACAGCAAACACCACGACAACACCCAAACCGACAGCAAUCACCACGACAACACCAAAUCUGACAGCAAACACCACGACAACACCCAAACCGACAGCAAACACCACGACAACACCCAAACUGACAGCAAACACCACGACAACACCCAAACUGACAGCAAACACCACGACAACACCCAAACCGACAGCAAACACCACGACAACAGUGUCGUCUUCUAUUAAUGCACCGGGAAUCAACAGUGAUAUUGUGUAUUCAGCCACUGACGUGCAACAGUCUAUAAGCUUGGCACUUCAUGUCACAGCAAACUUCAGCGCAGAGUUAAAUGACAAGUCUACGCAAAUGUACAAGGACUACGAAUUUGCAUUUAAACUUUUGCUUUGGAAACAGUUACAAAAUGUGUCGGGUUUUCAAGACAUCAAGAUUAUCAAGUUUGAGAAUGGAUCUAUUAAAUGCAGCUACAAACUGUUGCUUAGUGGUGACACAAACAUUACGUCAGUAAAGGAUGAUAUUGUUAACAGACUCAACACUUCUGCCAAUAUAACUGUUAGAGAGAAGGAUUUCCCCGUGGAAACUGACCAGACACAUAUAGAUGAAUUGGUCAAGUCUAUAAAUGAAGCGAGUGAACGUCAAAUAAACGGAUCAUGUGAUGAUAUAGACAAACCCUGCUCACACGAAUACAAGUGUACAAGAGAUUUGCACAACAUCACCUGCACUCAUAAGUGUAGUAAAUCUGAGCCAAAUUGUCAAAAUGGGGGCAUUUGCCUUUUUAACGAAUUUGAAGGUGUCAUCGAAUGCACGUGUAAAGAAACAAAGAGCCACUUCUACAGCGGCGAAAAUUGUGAAAUUGAGAGGGAGAAACUAGCUCUCCCGUCCAAAUACAUAGCAGCAAUAGCUGGUACAAGUGGUGCAGUUGUCAUCAUUGUUGCCAUAGUGAUUAUUGUUUGCAUAGUUAGGAGAAAAAAGGAAAAACGAGUGGACAGGCCCUACACAGUCGGAAUGACCGACUUUCGAACACGUCCUUCUAAAAAGAAAGACUACUCCUACCCUAACGACAGAGCGUUAUCAUCCAACCCUUACCACUUUGCUGCAAACUACGGCUACGAGAGUGAUUUUCCCGAGACUCGGGUAGUUGAGGGAAGAGAGCAUACUGUUACGACGGACGAGAAAGGAGAGGAGCUCUACAUUUACCAGCCAAGCGGUGUGCCAAAAGUUCAUCAGAGGUCACACUCUUGGUAUUCCUCCGGGUCUUCCGGUGACCGCCACAGAGGCAAUUAUGGGUCACCAUACGAUAACAUUGAUACUAGCACGAAGCGCUACAUUUACCAGCUAAGAGGUCAGCCAGAACGGCCAAAAGGUCAUCAAAGGUCAAUUUCUUAUGAUUCCUCUGGAUUUUCCGGUGACCUUCACAGAGGCAAACAUGAUUCAACAUACGAUUACAUUGAGACUAGCACGAUGGAACGAAGGGAGUUAUAUGCCAAUGAAAUAAAAUGA